AGCCGACCAUUUGCGAAUCGCGACCCUCUCUUUGGCUGUGUUGGUAUCGCGAGAGACCAGAGAAGAGAGUGCUCUAAGAGCGCAUCAUCUUUGAUUCUUUUUCCAAUUAAAUCAUAUAUUAUAUGUUAUCUGAUUAAUAUCUCCCCCAUAAGUAAAACCCUACCAAAAAUCCUUUUCCUUUUUCGCGGGAAAAGAUGUCGGGGAAGGGCGCGAAGGGUCUGAUAAUGGGCAAGAGUGCCAGCAACAGCAACAAAGACAAGGACAAGAAGAAACCCAUCUCUCGUUCCUCUCGUGCUGGGCUUCAGUUCCCGGUGGGUCGGAUCCACCGCCUCUUGAAGCAAAGGACCACCGCUAAUGGGAGAGUGGGAGCGACUGCUGCGGUUUAUUCUGCAGCUAUCUUGGAGUAUCUGACUGCUGAGGUGUUAGAGUUGGCAGGCAAUGCGAGCAAGGAUCUGAAGGUGAAACGUAUCACUCCCAGGCAUUUGCAGCUUGCUAUUCGUGGUGAUGAAGAACUUGAUACCUUGAUCAAAGGAACCAUUGCUGGUGGAGGUGUGAUCCCUCACAUUCACAAGUCACUUAUCAACAAGUCGACCAAGGAAUAGUUAACAGAUUGGCUAUAGCUGCAGAGGAGUGCCAAAUUUCUUCAAGGAACAGUCUCCCAGUGACUUUAAUUACGUGCUUAGUUUGCUGUUUCCGCUGCUUAAUCUUCUUCAUUCUGUAUGUCAUUAUCUGACAUUUUUUAUUUAAUCGUAGGCUUACUUUUAGGAAUCUUGUCAUCAAGCGGUAUUGCCGUCCCUGUAUCAAAGACAUAUUUGGACAACCCAUUGUUAUUUUUCCUUUAUAGAAAGAUGUACCAAACUAUGAUCUGCAUGAAUGCAGUUGAUGAUGGCGUAAGAUUUGCCCUUUUAAACUUCA